AUGACAUCCCUCUCUUCAUCUUCACCCUCUUCUUCUUCCUCCACUGACUCUGUUGAAAAUUCCCUCACCGCACUUAUCCUUCAUCCAAACAUUACCUUACCGCCCUUAAUUCCUUCUCCAAUCUCCCAGAAAUUCACAGAUUUCUCCACCUUCACAAAUUUCCCAAACCCUUUUUCCCAAAUUCUCUCAUCUACUUCUUCCUUCUCGAUACCCCUUCUUCCUCCUCCUAUCCCGCUCAGAAUUGUUAAUGAGGAUGAUUUUCUUAAUGAUAGGGACGAUCUUCCUAUUGCAUACUUAAUCCCAAGAAGGUCUAGAUCUCAGGUCAAGAAAAAACCCUCUAUCCCAGCUAAAGACACUGUUAGUUCACCGCCCCCUCCCAUUAUCUCUACUCCUCGAACCCCUCAUACUAGAGGAAAGAAACAACUUGAAGAUGCUAAAUUAUCUGAAGCUCUUAGAGCUAACAAGAGAAAACGUGUAGUAAUUUAUGAUACCACUCCUCCUCCUGUCUCUUCUCCUACAUCUUCUUCUGAUCUUCUUCUUCGAUCAGUCAUGAAACCUAAUGCUGUUAGAGCAAAAUCUUCCAAAUCUUCUGUGUCUACGCCUGCUUCAAAGGCUUCCUCCUCUUCAAAAACCUCCCCCACUGUCAAAGCUUUUCCAUCCAAAGUCUCUCCCAGUUCUUCUACUCGUUCAAAGAAACAGUUCGAAGGAUCUUUUCCAGCAGUGAUUGAAAACUUCCAAGAUUUGGAGAUUCUGAACUUGGCAGGCAACAGAUUUGAAGGGAAGAUACCUAAGUUCAUUGGUGAUCUACGCAGCCUUCGUAUCCUCGUGCUUGAAUCAAACUCUUUCAAUGAAUCUAUUCCUGAAGGGCUAAUGAAGUUGGAAAAUCUACAAUAUAUUGGUUUGUCCAGGAACAAUCUGUCCAGUCCCAUUCCUGAGAAUCUCGAUGGUUUGAAAAUGAUGGCGAAAAGGCAAAAUGAGGCAACCAUCUUAGGUUAUGUUUGCUCACUCAAGUUCACCGGUGCUCAGCUAGAAAUAGUCACCAAAGGACAAACACAUUGGCUUGAGUCAGUGUAUUCCUACAACACUGGAUUCGACCUCUCGAGCAAUGCUCUUACAGGUAAAAUCCCUGAAAAGAUUGGCCUUUUGAGUGGAAUACCAUUUCUGAAUCUCUCACGUAACAAUCUUUCCGGAACGAUCCCAAAGACUAUCAGUGAAAUGAUCUCACUCGAGUCGUUGGAUCUCAGUUACAACCAUUUCACAGGUGAAGUUCCAGUGACAUUGACAUUGUUAGAUUUUCUUCAACAUCUCAACAUGUCUUACAACAAUUUGAGUGGAAAAAUUCCAAGAAAUCCACAUUUUGACACUUUGUAUCAAGAUGGAACAACAUAUAUUGGGAACAAAUACUUAUGUGGUGCUCCCGAUGGGAUGGAUUGCAGCAACCGUACACCUUCUAUCACCCAAAAAAUAGAAGAAAAAUAUGAUCAAGAAAAUUUCCUGUUUGUUUUAGUUAUAUUCUUUGGCUACGUAACAGGAAUUUCUGGAUUGUUUUUGUUCUUAUAUUUGAUGAAGGACGAUUGGAGGAGCAUGUACUGGAGGGCGAUAGACAGAAUCGUGUUAAAAAUAGUGAAACAUGUACCAUGA